GUUAUUAAAAACCAGAAGUGAAUAAUGACAUCAGUAAAUAACGACAAACAAAAAAGGAAAAAAAGUCCUUUGUAGUAUUUCCUUUGUUCAUUAUUUUUAAUGUAGCCAUGUCGGAAGAUUUAACUGCACAGCCAGAAGGCUCAAGUACUCAAUCCCAAAGUGAAUGCGAUGAAAAUGCAAGCAAUUCUAAGGCAUCAGGCUCUCACAAAUUGAGACCAAAGAAAUUAAAACAAUCUGAUGAGACUGAUGCUCUUGAAGAACGCUUGAAUGGAAUUUUGUGUUGUGCUGUGUGCUUAGAUUUGCCAAAGUCCGCAGUUUAUCAGUGUCGAAAUGGGCAUCUGGUAUGUUCAGAUUGCUUUAAUCAUUUGCUUGCUGAUGCUCAGUUAAGGAUGGGCACUGCAGUUUGUCCAAGCUGCAGAACCUUAAUAAGUAAAGACCUCUGUGUCCGUAACUUAGUUGUUGAGAAAGCUGUAUCUGAAUUACCUGUAACUUGUCAAGCGUGUUCUACUACAUUUCCUCGAUGCUUACUUGAUAUUCAUGAAAAGGAGAUCUGUCUUGAAAGAAAGUCUCAAUGUUGCUACUCCAGAAUAGGGUGUCCUUGGGUUGGCCCAUUUAAAAAAAAAGCAGACCAUGAGAAACGUUGUGCACAGCCCAAGAAAAAAGGUAGUGAAAUAAAGAAAACACUUACUACUUUCCCUCAUCAAGAGAAAGCUGAUGAGUUACAUCGCCUAUGUAAUAUUUUAGCAUCUGAUGAAAUUGCUUAUAAUGAUCUGCAGCUUUUGGGGCCAUAUCAUACAGAUGAAUAUUAUAUCAGGUAUGAAACUUUCAGAUUUUGUGCAUUUGGAAUGGAAUGGGAAGUUAGAGCCCAUGUCAAUAAUAAUGAAGCAGAUCCUACAUUGUCUAGUGAAAGGACACUUAGCUAUCAACUUUUAUUAAAAGAGCCCAUUGACAGAACUAUUUUUUUGCGUUAUACUGUCGUGAAAGGACCUUUCAGUGAAAUUAAAGUUCGACCACGCAUUGAAGAAUUUACAUUUAGUGAUGCUACUCCUGAAUCUCAUUAUGCUCCAUUAGACUUAGAAAACUCUGUUGAAUGUUAUAGACUUCUUUCUGGAACUAUAAAAUUUAGACUUAUAAUGUUUUUGAGUGAUCCCUUAUCAACUACACCAUAAUCCAUUUUCAUUUUUAAUAUUUUAUUGAAUUACUUAGACAUAUACAUGUAACCAAUUGUAAAACUGUACUUUUCAAUUUGUGCAUAAAAAUGGAAUUUUACGAGAUGUAGGCAAUAGAUGAAAUCUUUUAAGUGCCAAAUUCCUUUAAAAUAACAGCAACUAUGUAAGUAAUAGUCACUUAAUUUAUAAACUGUAUCUUAAGUUUUUUAUGUUUUCCUUCUGAUUUAAACUAAAAAAUCCUGUAUGGAUAAAAUAUUUAUCUUUUAUCUAAUUUUAUUAGUAUAAAGGAACUAUUCUUGUCAGUUUUUAAAUUAUGUAUUUGUAAUUUUUAGCAUCAUCAUUCUUGGAAACCAAACUCACAAAUUCUAGAAAAUAAAAAAUUGUUUGUUAAGAUAAGUGACUGUUAAUUAUUAAUGAGCAGAAAAUAUGGAUGUGUAUGUUAUAAAAUUCAGUAUUAUUCGGUUUCGAGGGCCGUAAAAAAAAUCGCCGAACUAUUGUUGAUACCCAUGCUGCCAAAAAUAAUUGCGGCAACCCUAAUAAUUGCGGCAAGAAAGGAAGUAUAGAGGUAAAUAACUAAUUCAGAAGUCAAACAACAAAAAUCAGCGUUAUAUUUACAAAAUUUUCACAGGACU